UCCGCCGCCGGCCUUUUCAGCAACAUGGCGGGAGAAGUGAAAGGAUUUUUGUUUUCAUGGGCUGGAAAACAGCUGAAAGCUCGUCCUGAAUUUACUAUUUUACCAAAUGGACCACAAAGAUUUAAUUACCAGGCAACACUACAAGGUGUUGACUAUGUUGCUACGGGAGGUGGAAGUAACAAAAAAGAAGCGGAAGCUACAGCAGCUCGAGAUAUGUUACAUCAUUUAAUACAGAAUGGUUUUAUUGCGCAAAAUUCUGUUCCACCAAAUAUGUUGAGUGGUCAGUCAUAUUCUAUGGCUUUACCACAAAGUGGAAUACAAAAUUCUCAACCUGCAACACUACCUAAAAACAUGCCAAGAGCACCUCAUGAAUUAGCAGCCAUGCAACAAGCGCAAAACCAACUGAAGAAUGUUCCACAAUCAACUACACCAGCCUCGUUAAUGAGUGCUCCAGUAUUACCACCUCCUGAGUUACCAACUGAAUUUGGACAACGAAAUUAUCAUUACAGUAUGUACGACAACAAGAGAAAAUUAGAAGAGGCAGAAGAGGUGGAUACAAAUGCUCACUUGCAUGGUAAUUGGACGAUUGCCAAUGCAAAAUCACGUCUACACCAGUUUCUACAACAACGUAAAAUACCAGCUGAUUUUAAAUAUUUUUCUGAGGGUCCAGAUCAUGCCAGGUUUUUUCGUGCUGAACUUAAUUUUUGGGUAAAAGAGGCAAGACGUCAAUUGAGUGGCAAAGGUAGUGCAGCAACAAAAAAACUUGCAGCUCAAAACUGUGCACUUAGUUUGGUACGACAACUGUAUCAUAUGGGUGCUAUUGAAAUGGCAGAAGCUGGCCAGGUACAAUGCAAAAAGAGAAAAACAGAUGAUUUACCUCCCUAUGCAGUCACCCUUCAACCGGAGAUUGAAAGAAAGUUGCAGGAAGUGUUGGAAUUGCGAAAUAUAAUACCAGUGCAGGAGCCCAAAUUAGGAGAAAAAGUCAAUUUGCAACUUCCACCUCUACCUGUUAAUUUUGACAAUGUGCAAAGAGAUGAACACCAAGUAAUACAUUGGGAAGCACCAAACCCAAGCUGGCACCCAUGGAUAGCUCAACCAACAAUCAUUGAGGGUGCAGAAGAAUAUAUGGAACCUCCCCCUACUGGCAAUGAUUUAUAUGAUGAAUUCCAAAUGAAAUGGCAGGAACAAAACUUCAAAGAUAUGUUGGAGAAGAGGAAAGCACUUCCUGUCUACAAUCAUAAAGAAGAAAUUUUGAACAUUGUUCGUGAGAACCAAGUUGUAAUUAUACGAGGAGCAACUGGUUGUGGAAAGACUACACAGGUACCACAAUAUGUUUUGGAUGAUUUCAUUUUGAACAGCAUUGGUGACCAGUGUAAUGUUGUUGUUACUCAGCCUCGUCGUAUCAGUGCUAUAAGUGUGGCAGAGAGAGUAGCUACUGAGAGAUGUGAACCACUUGGAAAUAGUAUUGGUUAUUCUGUUCGAUUCGACUCAGUACUACCCAGAAGCCACUCGUCAAUAUUUUUUUGCACAGUAGGUGUACUUCUGCGAAAGCUGGAAAAUGGUCUGGCUGGUGUUUCUCAUGUUAUUGUUGACGAAAUUCACGAACGUGAUAUUAAUUCUGACUUUUUGAUUGUCAUUCUUCGUGAUAUGAUUUCCUCAUUUCCAAACUUACGAGUGAUUUUGAUGAGUGCAACUAUUGACACUUCCUUGUUUUCCGAUUACUUUGGUGGAUGUCCAGUCAUUGAAUUAGAGGGAAGGGCUCAACCUGUUCAAGAGUAUUAUCUUGAAGAUAUUAUUCAGAUGUUGAGUUUUGUUCCUCCUUUAAAAGAGAAAAAAAGAAAAAGAGAUGUUGAUGUUGAUGUGGAAGAAGAGGAAAAUAUGAACAAAAUAUGCAGCAACGAUUAUUCUUUACAAACAAAAAACUCAAUGGGUCAACUAAGUGAAAGAGAGACAUCAUUUGAACUUGUUGAGGCUUUGUUGUCGUAUAUAGCAACAUUAGAUGUACCUGGAGCUGUCCUGGUGUUCUUACCUGGAUGGAACCUCAUUAUGUCAUUGUUGAAACAUCUUCAACAGCACCGCGAAUUCGGUACUUCAAAGUAUCGGGUGCUACCCUUGCAUUCUCAAAUACCUCGUGAAGACCAGAGGAGGGUUUUUCAGUCAGUCCCAGACGGUGUUCGAAAGAUCAUCUUGUCAACAAACAUAGCUGAGACGAGUAUUACCAUCGAUGAUGUUGUCUUUGUGAUCGAUUCUUGCAAAGCGAAAAUCAAGCUGUUUACCUCCCACAACAAUAUGACAAACUAUGCAACAGUGUGGGCGUCUAGAACUAACAUGGAACAAAGAAGAGGGAGAGCUGGUCGUGUUCGACCUGGUUUCUGUUUCCAUUUAUGCAGCAGAGCUCGCUUUGAUAAGUUGGCACAGCAUACUACACCAGAAAUCCUAAGGACACCAUUGCACGAGUUGGCUCUAAAAAUCAAACUUUUAAAAUUAGGAAAAAUACAAAACUUUUUAAACAAAGCAAUGGAACCACCUCCUAUGGAUGCUGUGGUAGAAUCGUUGGCUCUGUUGAAAGAAAUGGAAGCCCUGGAUGGAAAUGAACAUUUGACUCCGUUGGGUUUUAUACUUGCAAAAUUGCCUAUUGAACCUAGACUGGGAAAGAUGAUCAUUUUAGGAUGUGCUUUCCAGGUUGGUGAUGCCAUGUGCACAAUAGCAGCCAGUACUUGUUUUCCUGAACCUUUCGAAACACCUUCUGAUCGAAAGAGAUUAGGAUGGGUACACAAAAAAUUUGCCGGUAACCGGAACAGUGAUCAUUUAGCAAUGCUUUGGGCUUUUCAGCAAUGGCAAGACGCGAGAGGUGUUGACGAAACAGCCGAACAACAUUUUUGUGAAACACACGAAUUAAAUAUGUCGACUUUGCGCAUGACAGACGAUGCUAUUAUGCAACUGAAGGAUUUGUUAUGUAACAUUGGUUUUCCUGAAGAUAGUCUACAUCCGCAGCCUUUCAAUUAUCGUGGUUUGGAUGAACAGUUAGAUUUGGUGACUGGUUUGUUGUGUAUGGGAUUGUAUCCAAACAUAUGCAUACAUAAAGAUAAACGAAAAGUCUUAACCACAGAAGGAAGCGCUGCUUUGAUCCACAAAUCAUCAGUGAACUGCACGAACAGAGAGAUAACCUUCACUUCACCAUUUUUCGUGUUUGGAGAAAAGAUUCGUACUCGAGCAGUAUCGUGUAAACAAAUGACAAUGAUCUAUCCUGUUCAGUAUCUCAUCUUCAGUCCCUGCAAAGCAGAAUCUUCAACCAAUUUAGUUAAUAUUGAUGACUGGAUUGAUUUACAAAUUCCGCAUUAUCAAGCUGCUUCGCUUGUGGCAAUGAGAAAUAUAAUUGAAGAUCUUGUUAUUCGAGUUGCCAACAAUCCGCAAGUGAUCACCGAGCCCAGUCCUGACGAUACUUUGGUAUUGACGUUGAUCCGAAUGUUAUCAAGAAGCGAUGCGGGCUCAUACAUGGUACAACAACCUGAACAGAGGGAUAACGUUGGUUUUAGGAAUGACUUCAGAGGAGGGCCACCACGUGGGCCAAUGAACCGUGGUGGUAGAGGACAAUUUAGUUCAUACGCUAAGCCACGUGGUUAUCAAGGACCUCGACAUUUCCGUGGCAACCGAGGUGGGGGAUAUGGAGGCAGUGGAGGCUAUCGUGGUGGCGGUGGUGGUGGAGGUUACCGUGGAGGAGGUGGUGGUGGCGGUUAUCGUGGAGGAGGUGGUGGUUUUGAUAGAGGCGGUUAUCGUGGCCGCGGUGGUUGGUAAAUUUCCAAGUGAGAGACACUCAACAACUGAAAAGAAGAUUCAGUUAAAGAGAGAUUGUAUUUUCAUACCAUUUCUGAAUGACUUUAAUGAAGACUCACACACAAAACAGUUAACAAAUUUGUUUCACUCAAAACAGAAAGACUUUGCAUAGAAUGUUGAGGUGAUUUCGAACAACGAACGAAGGAUCACUCAACUGCUGAAUGUUAACGACUAUAAAAAAUUGUAAAUUCAUCACUCUUGGUAAACUAAUCGCAAAAAGCGUGUUGCGGUGUGGAAACAACACCAAAUUUCGAAUAGUUUUUUCUACCAAUUUUAAUUAACCCUCCUUCAUAUUAAAAAAAAAUUAGGUUACCAAGAGUAUGGUUUUUCAUUUUUGUGGAACAAGUUAAACAAGUUGAACAUCAGAAAAUAAGCUUAUGUGUUUUGAAACUUUAGUAUAGGUCAAAUUUCUUUUGUGGCUUACUCAACGAAUCGACAUUUUUGUCCAAAUCAUCUAAUUUUUAUCAUUUUUAUCAAAUUUUGUAGGAUCAGCAAAAAUGUGGACCAAUGAGAUAUUGGAUUUAGCACAGCCAUAUUCAAGAAGUAAUGUUUUGUUGGCGUUGUCAUAAGCCACAGUUAAAACCUUCAUAUUUUUUAAGGUUUUUAGAAAAAAAACCGUUGCAGAUUAUUUAGCAGCCUAAAAACCAUUUGAAAAAGUAUUAACUGAACUUAUAUGAGUGAGAAAAUAACAAUGAUAUCUGUUUAGUUAAAGGUAGUACAUCAGUGCCUAUUUCUAUGGACUUUUGUAACUCAUUUUCAUUUUUUUACAAAAAUUUUAGAAACCGGUUAUCCGCAAAAAUCUC